UAUAUAAAAAUGGAGGCGUCGGGGGGCUUGGAGCGCAGAGCGGUUUGGUCGUUCGUUGGAGGUAGGUCUUCUGUUCCUGUCGCCGAUCGCGGCUCCCGUUUGCGCGCUCACAGCGGCGCGGCGGUUCCAGCACGGGCCUCAGACUCCGGCUUUGGGUGAAAGAAAAUGGCCCGAACCAAGCAGACCGCUAGGAAGUCGACCGGGGGGAAAGCGCCCCGCAAGCAGCUGGCCACCAAGGCCGCCCGGAAAAGCGCGCCCUCUACCGGCGGGGUGAAGAAGCCGCACCGCUACAGGCCCGGGACCGUGGCUCUGCGAGAGAUCCGUCGCUACCAGAAGUCUACUGAGCUGCUCAUCCGGAAGCUGCCUUUCCAGAGGUUGGUGAGGGAGAUCGCCCAGGACUUCAAGACCGACCUGAGGUUUCAGAGUGCAGCCAUCGGUGCCCUUCAGGAGGCCAGUGAAGCUUACCUGGUGGGAUUGUUUGAAGAUACCAAUCUGUGUGCCAUCCACGCCAAGAGAGUCACCAUCAUGCCCAAAGACAUCCAGUUGGCUCGCCGGAUACGGGGGGAGAGAGCUUAAGUCGAGGCGGUUUUUAUGGCAUUUUGUAGUAAAUUCUGUAAAAUACUUUGGUUUAAUUUGUGACUUUUUUUGUAAGAAAUUGUUUCUAAUAUGUUGCAUUUGUACUUAAGUCAUUCCAUCUUUCACUCAGGAUGAACGGGGAGAGUGACUGUUCACAGACCUCAGUGCUGUGGGCGCUGCGGCUCAGGAGUGACAAGUUGCCGAUAUGCAGAAGGGAUGGGUGAUAGUACUUGCUUCUCAUGAUGCAUGUUUCUGUAUGUUAAUGACUUGUUGGGUAGCUAUUAAGGUACUAGAAUUGAUAAAUGUACAGGGUCCUUUUGCAAUAAAACUGGUUAUGACUUGAUCCAAGUGUUUAACCAUACAUCACUGUGAUAGAAUGUGGGCUUUUUCAAAGGUUGAAGAUUCAAGUUUUAACCACAGUGUAACAGUUUUCCUUAAAAAAAAAAAAAAGUAAACCUGGCAGCUAUAGAAUACACUAUGUGCAUUUAUAAUAGCUAUUUUAUAUAUUGUAGUGUUCAACAUUUUUAAAUUAAAUGUUUUACAUUCACAA